UAUAUAUGAGAGCUCCUCUUCUCUUCAUAAAAUUAAAUCCUCCAGUACUCUCAUCCAUUGGUCUCUGGUCUAAAUACAUAUAUUAUAUAUAAAAUAUUAAUUAAUCUCUGUGUGUUUGAGGCGAAGAAGAAGAAGAAGAAGAAGAUGGCCGGUUCUAAAGAGAGAAAGAAAGCAUCGAUAAUAGUGGACGCAACGAGAUACAUAGAAGAGCUGAAGGAAAGGGUUGAAAAACUAAAUCAAGAUGUCACUACCUUACAAACGGCCUCUUCAUCCCAACAAAAUUCAGUACUCCCCCCGCAGGUUGUUAAAGUUGAAACCCUAGAAAAAGGGUUCCUAAUAAACGUGUUUUCAGGGAAAAAUAGCCCGAGUUUGCUUGUUUCUGUACUAGAAACGUUUGAGGAUUUAGGCCUUGAAGUACUCGACGCUAGGGUUUCUUGUUCCGACAAUUUUCACCUCGAAGCUGUUAGUACUCAGACUGAAGGGCAGUCUGAUAGCGUAGAUGCACAGGUGGUUAAACAAGCGGUAUUGCAAGCUAUCGACAAUUGGAGUGUUCAUCAUAAGGACGAGCAAGAUUAGUUAAUCUGUCAGUUAUAAUUGGUAUAUAUACAUAUAUAAAUUCUUCUCUUUUUUUUUCCUUCCAAUUUGUGCAUUAUAUUAAUUAAUUGCGAUAUUUGAUCGAUCAAGCAAAUUAAAGAAAACAAGUCUUCAAUAAGAUCUUACUUAAUUCGGUUCAUGAUUGGAUUUUUAUUAGAUUAUUUAAUUUUAUCUUGUCGAUCAGACGAGGCAUAGUUGUACCUCUAUAUAUAUUUAUAUAUCAUAUCCCGUUAUUUUGUCCGGGAUUUUAUUUUUU